AUGUCGGACAAGCUGAAGAAUAUGGCCAUGGCCGAGGCCAAUAGUGCCAGUACAGCAUCCCGAGAUGUCCUCAAAUCGGGCGCUUAUCUGUACCCGAUCAAGGGUAUAAUCUACUUCGCCACCCAUAAAGGUCUCUGGGGACCCUUCAUGUCUCGCAUCGGGCGCACCAUCGGCCUAGGAAUGGGUGUUACGUCAUUCAUGUUCUUCUUCACCUACGUGCCUCAGAUGGCCAUCAUGGCCUUCACAAGUGGCCCAUUAGCCGCGAUUUCCGCAGCGUUGCUUGUUCUUACCGAGAGUGCUACAAUCACCAACCUUCUAUCGCGCUCCUUUGUGGUCGAAGAUGCGCUCAUUGACACGUUCGAUGGGACGCUGGUUGCCCGCGGCCAGGAGCCUCUAGUCGCUCAGGGACGUCAACUCAAACCUCAAACCGGGGGCAGGGAUUCGAUAGCUAGACUGGGCAAGAUUAUCUCGCGACCACUUGCGAGAUUUACUCCCCAGGCAAUCAUUAGAUCGCUGAUCUAUUUGCCAUUGAACCUGAUCCCCGUGGUUGGAACAGUACUCUAUAUCACUGUUCAGGGAAAACGUGUUGGCCCACAACUGCACACACGGUAUUUCGAGCUGAAGGGCUGGAACGCCCGGCAAAGAGAGGAAUGGAUUGCGAACAAUCGGGGAGCUUAUACCGGACUGGGGAUGGCAGCAUUUGCUCUGGAAAUGGUACCAUUUGCCUCAAUUGCUUUCUCAUUUACUAAUGCUGUUGGAGCGGCCCUAUGGGCGGCGGAUCUAGAAAAGGCUUCAAAAUAG